UCCCACACACCACGUGACAACUUGCCCGGUCUGAGCAGACAUUUGACUUUGACGUGAGCACCCGGACCCACCUUGAGGAGAGUAUUGCACCCGGCGACCCCGGACACAUAGCUCUAUACUACUCUUUCAACACAUCGACAAGGCAAGGCAGAGAUCACAAUGUACACCUCUCCGUCACUUUCAUUACUCGGCCCUGGCUCCCUCCUCUUCCUCCUGUUCACUUGUCUGACCUUGACCCGGCCAGCUGUCGGUGACCUUCACACUCACGUGGGUACAGGUCAUCACGGUUCAUCGGAAGCGGAAGGUGAGGAUGGCGGAAGUUUCAACGUCGAGGAAGCUUUGUUCGGGUCGGACUCCGAUUUCGACAACGGCAAAAUGACCAAAGAGCAGAGGAAGGAAAAACUUUUGGGACUAGCCCAUAAAUAUGAUACAAACAUCAACACCGUUAUUGAAAUGGACGAACUGGUCCACUGGAUCACGGCGUCCUUGAAAGAAAUCACGGAUCAAGAGGCCGCUGCGUUUUUGGACGAGCUUGACGACAACAAAGACAAGAAGGUGGAUUUCUCCGAAAUGCUGAAACAUAUGCACGACACCACAGUCGAAGAAUUUGAGAAGUUUGACGCUUCCGGAAAAGAUGAAGAAACCAUUACAGACUACCGGGUUAUGGUGGUGGAGAAAAAACGCUUUGAAAUCGGAGACCUCGACAAAGACGGCUUCCUGAACGUUACUGAGAUUGUGGCGUUUUUUGACCCCUACGACUUCCCCUACAUGUACGACGUGGAGACGGAGAGGGCCAUCGUCGGUCUCGACAAGGACUACAACGGGAAGCUCUCUCUACUCGAGUUUGUGGGCGGGGAGACAGAGGAGGGCAGUACAUCGGCACAUGCCGACCAGGAGGCGGAGUUCAAGAUUCUGGACACUGACCAUGAUGGUCAACUGUCGCUGAAGGAAUCAGUGGGGUGGGCUUUGCUGCACACGAGUGAGCAGCUGGCGGUAGAGGAAGCCAAGGCGAUCAUGUCUAAGGCAGAUCGCAACGGUGACAAUGCACUUAAUAUUAAAGAGCUGCUGAGAGGGGAGGAGGUUUUCUUCAAAAGUGGCGUCAUGAAUUAUGGUCACACUGUCAAAGACGAGUUAUAGAAUCUUUGUUUUGUUUAAUUUGAUUAGGACCCCCCCCCCCUCCCCCCCCC